GUUUGAUUCUGUUAUUAAUAACAGAUAUAAUUAAACAAAUCACAUAAUUAUACAUUAAUGUGCGAAACAGCGCCGACAAUGAGUGCAAUUGUCAUCAACACUACUUAUACGGGAGACGAAGAUCCGGUAAAACUACAACAACUUAUGGACAAAUUAGAGGAAUACAUAAACAAUAGGGCUCUGGACAAGACAUCACUGGUUUCACUGGUCAUAGCAUACGCUAUACUCAUAUUCAUCGGCACUCUUGGCAAUGGUUUGGUGUGCGUUGUCGUCGCCCGGAAGCCCAAAAUGCGUACCUCAAGGAACCUGUUUAUUAUCAAUCUGGCCAUCAGUGAUCUCCUCCUGUGCUUCUUCACCAUCCCUUUCUCAUUGGUCGAGAUAUCAGUCAAGUUCUGGCCCUUCGGUAUG